AUGGCGACGCCAGAGUCCGACUUCUCGCUCAGUUUGAGCACAGAGUCGUCUUCAUCUUUGUCGUUUUCUUCGUCGUUGUCUAUGUCAUCAUCUUUGUCGCCAUCUUCGUCACCAUCGCCGUCGUUGUCGUCAUCGCUGUGGCCAUCGCUGUCAUCGUCGUUGCCUUCACUGUCAUUGUCGUUGCUGUCAUUGUCGUUGCUGUUGUCGUCACUGUCGCCGUCGCUGUCGUCGUCGCCGUCGUUGUCGUCGUCGCUGUCGUUGUCGUCGUUGCUGUCGUUGUCGUCGCCGUCUUCGUCGCUGUCUUCGUCGCUGUCUUCGUCACCAUCUUCGUCACCAUUGUCGUCGUUGCCUUCACUGUCAUUGUCGUUGCUGUCAUUGUCGUCGCUGUCGCCGACGCUGUCAUCGUCACUGUUGUUGUCGCUGUCGUCGUCGCUUUCAUCAUUGUCGUCAUCAUUGUCGCUGUCAUCGUCGCCGUCUUCGUUGCCGCCUUCGUCGCCGCCUUCGUCGCCGCCUUCGUCGCCGUCUUCGUCGCCGUCUUCGUCGCCGUCUUCGUCGCUGUCGCCGUCUUCUUUGCCGUCUUCGUCGCAGUCUUCGUCGCCGUCUUCGUCGCCGUCUUCGUCGCCGUCUUCGUCGCCGUCUUCGUCGCCGUCUUCGUCGCCGUCUUCGUCGCCGUCUUCGUUGCCGUCUUCGUUGCUGUUUUUGGCGUCGUCUUCAUCACUGUCUUCAUUGCCGUCUUCGUCACCAUCUUUGUUGUCAUCGUUGUCUUUGUUGUCGUCUUAG